UGCGGACUGUUUUAUUUCCUGUUCGCGACGAAGACUGUCCAGACGUGUUUUCUUCGAGUAGGCGUCUGUCCGGACUGCGCACGAACCAUAUCUUAGAUUUGGAAGUAAGAAAGUAGCACUCUGAUAAAAGUGACUGACGAAAAGUCUGUGAGAUUGCCCGACGUCUGGUUAAGCUUGUUCGACAUCUAGAAUGGACGCCGGAAAAGGAGUGAACACAUACCUGUUGAUGGUGUUCGCCAUUCUGUUGGUUUCAUUUGUCACUGAGUUUCCAGUCAAAGCUCAAACUGAAGGUAGCUACGAUCUGGUUUUUGUAGCCAACCUGGAAAAUCCUCCAUCUAUUUUCGUCGCUCCGGCCGAUACCUUCAAUUUCACCCUCAUUCCCGGCUUUGAUGAUCAUGAACACGUUCUUCGCCCCAUCGCCAUUGACUAUGACCCAGUGGACGGCAUGGUGUACUGGACGGAUGUGCAGCGUAGGAGCAUCACUCGUGCCUUUGUGGAUGGGACAGGCUCGGUAGUUCUCUUGAGGGAUCUUAGUCAACCAGAAGGAUUAGCUCUUGACGUUGAGAAUCGCAUGAUGUAUUGGACCGAUACCGGCAGUGAUCUUAUUGAGAGAGCUACGUUGGAUGGCCAAGAAAGAUCCUUGGUUUUCAAUUUGACGAAUUCGUCUGUCGGAGCCGUGGAACCCAGGGCAAUUAUUGUAGAGGUCACGAACGGGCUACUCUUCUGGACGGAUUGGGGUUCCUCACCGAAGAUUGAACGUGGAAACACCGAUGGAACGUCGCGAAUGACGCUGGUUAAUUCUGGACUAUUGUAUCCAAAUAGCAUAACAUUGGACCUGCCAGGUGGAAGAAUGUAUUGGUGUGAUGCUGGAUUAGACCUCGUUGAAUCCUCCGACUUUCUGGGCCAGAAUCGCAUGGCCAUUUCUGACUUUUCGGCCUAUAACAUACAUCCCUUUGACAUUUCAUUCUACCGAGGGAGUUUGUACUGGACAGACUUCAAUUAUAUUAUGAUCAAACUUACAUUAACACCGCCAUUAGAGGCUACUGUGAUUUCGUCAAGCGACUUAACAAAACCAACCGGACUACACAUUCACAUGGACACGUUUGCGAAUCACAGUUGCGUGGACAGCAUGCCUUGCGGGGAAGGGGAACGUUGCCGCCAGUUCCAUGACCACUACCAGUGUGUCUGCAUGAAUGGCUUGGCGGGAAAUAACUGCCAACUGGCUAACCCAUGCAGUCGGGCAGUUUGUUCUAAUGGAGGAUCUUGUUUCCUGUCUUCGAGUAGAGAUGACGCAUAUUUAUGCCAGUGUCCUGAAAGAUACUUUGGGACCAACUGCGAACUAUUUGAUGAUCCCUGCACUAGCAAUCCUUGUUGGAAUGGAGGAAGUUGUCUUGGUUCGUCAGCUGGGUUUAUGUGUACUUGUCCCCCUGAAUUCAUCGGAUUGUUUUGUGAAUCGCAGAGCCAUCCUCAUGACUUGGUCUUUGUGGCCAAUCGAAUUCCUCCAGGGAUUUAUGUCGCGCCAACGGACACCUUCAAUUUCACUCUCAUCCCGGGUUUAGAUAGUAGCCAUGGCAACAUAAGGGAACCACGCGCCAUUGACUACGACCCAGUAGAGCGCAUGGUGUAUUGGACUGAUAGUAGCGUGGUGUCGACUUUAAAUCGGGCCUUUUUGGACGGGAGUGCAGUGGAAGUUCUCUUUACGGAUCUACAGGCUCCUAAUGGUUUGACUCUUGACAUUGAGAAUCGUGUGAUGUAUUGGACGGAUGAACUUAGUGAUCUGAUCGAGAGAGCUACAUUGGAUGGUCAAGAACGAUCAACGGUUCUCAACUUGACGAACGCUUCCCUCACAGCUGUAGAACCAAGGGGGAUUGUAGUCGACCCUGCUAACAGUCAUUUGUACUGGACUGACUGGGGUUCCGCACCAAAGAUUGAACGAUCGGGGACAGACGGCUCAGGUCGUCGCGUACUCAUCGAUACGGCCUUAAUGUGGCCGAAUGGUAUAUCCCUUGAUUUGGAAGGGGGAAGGAUGUACUGGUGUGAUGCUGGUACCGACCGCAUUGAAUACUCAGAUCUUUUAGGCCAGGGUCGGACUGUUCUUGUCGACCGCACAAGUUUCAACAUUCAUGCGUAUGAUCUCUUCGUCUACUAUGACUUUAUCUACUGGACCGACAAGAUAUCAUCCACCAUUAAGCGUGUUGAGGCUUCCGGAAGGCCUUUGGGGAAUUACGGCUCAGAAAGUUUUACCACUCCUUAUGGAAUGCACAUAUUUAAAGCCAAUAUUUGCCAACAAAUGGUUUGCCAGCAUGGGGGACACUGCCAACUCUUCGAGCAUCACUACGUUUGCAUCUGUGCUCAGGGUUAUAGUGGGCGAAACUGUGAAAAUGACAAUCUUCCUCCUACUUUCACCACCGGUUGCCCGAGCAACAUACUUCGUCUUGCUGACAACAACCAGAGGUCUGUCCCCGUGUCGUGGCCUGAUUUGAGUGCGUCUGAUCCAAGUACACCAUUACUAUGGAGCUCCACUCAUCGACCCGGUGACAUGUUCUCCGUUGGAGGGGUUACCAUGGUAACAUACACAGUGACGGACCAAGUCGGCAACGCUGCUAGUUGUAACUUUACCGUGACGGUGACUGGGGUUGGCCUUGACUGUCCAUCCAAUGUCACAACAGCUACUAAUCCUGGAGUUUUAGUUGCAAAUGUGUCGUGGGCUCUUCCCAGCGUCACUUUCAACGGUCCUCAACAGCCAGUCAUGUUCUACGUCGGCAGUCCGCCUACACAGGAUACCAGUGGUACUGAUGUUCAAGUACGUGUGUACUCCGACUACCAACCAAAUAACAUCUUCAAUCUCGGUGUUACGCGUGUCACAUAUCGCGUCCAAGGACUGGGGACGCAGUGUCACUUUCAUGUCAUUGUCAGAGAUGUUCUGCCACCUACUUUCACUACCGGUUGCCCGAGCAAUAUCAUUCGUCUUGCCGAUGACAACCAGAGGUCUGUCCCCGUGUCGUGGCCGGCCUUGAAUGCGUCCGAUCUCAGUACACCGUUGCAAUGGAGCUUCACUCAUCGACCCGGUGACAUGUUCUCCGUUGGCGUGGUUACCAUGGUCACAUACACGGUGACUGACCAAGCCGGCAACGCUGCUAGUUGUAACUUUACUGUGACGGUGACUGGGGUCGGCCUUGACUGUCCAUCCAAUGUCACAACUCUCACCAAUCCUGGCGUGUCUGUUGCCAAUGUGUCUUGGGCUCUUCCCAGCGUCACUUUCAACGGUCCUCAACAGCCAGUCAUGUUCUACGUCGGCAGUCCGCCUACACAGACUACCAGUGAUACUGAUCUUCAAGUACGUGUGUACUCAGAAUACCAACCAAAUACUGUCUUCAAUCUCGGUGCUACACGUGUCACAUAUCGUGUCCAAGGACUGGGGACGCAGUGUCACUUUCAUGCCAUUGUCAUUCAAGUCGAUAAUGAACCACCGAUGAUCAGUGGUUGUCCUGGUGACGUCAUCAUCCCUGCCAAGCCAUCGACCAAUCCGGUGGCUUACAGCUGGCCUCCUCCUGUCAUCUCGGACAAUGCUGGUCCUGUGGAUGUCACGUUCGGUUGCCGACCAACUAAAGUUUGGAAAUGUAACGAAACUGGCAGUGGGAUCUUCACCUUUGGUGUCACCAAGGUUAUGUACAACGCGACAGAUGCGUCUGGAAACCGCAACAUGUGUCAGUUUAAAAUCACCGUCACAGCGGUGGAUCUAGAUUGCCCAGUAAAUCGCACAGUCGAUGCGGAGCCAGGUUCUACCAGUACCAGUGUGGACUGGAUGGAACCGGUUGUAACUGGAUGGGACGGACCAACCAACUUCACCUCAAGCCUCAGUCCGGGCGUUGAACUCCACAUAGGUAGCCAUGUUGUCAACUACCGGCAGUGGUUUGAGUAUGGCCUGAGUCUGAACUGCUCGUUCUCGGUUCAGGUUAUCGGUUUUUGUCCAGCCAACACCACGAAUGAUGCUCUUCAUGGUCGGUUGAUGUGGCUUGCAACAAGAAGAGGCACAACAGCAGAGUCGUUCGAGAGAUGCCCGCUCAUGACAUCAAAAGCUGGAGAUCCGUUAGCUGUUCGCAACUGCUCCGUUGUUCCUCCGCCGGACUAUUUCCAGUGGGGAAACCAUGUACCUCAAAGUUGCGGAGAAGAAAGAAAUGAAGUAACUCUGGAAGACGCCACUGUUAUUGACGUCAGUCCAGGGAACGUGAAUGAAGUGGUUGAGUUUCUGGCCAAUGAGACGUCAGAGUCAACUGAAAGUGCAGAAGAUGUGGAAGCAGUCUCCACCAUUUUGAUGAAUAUUGUCGGGGCAGGAUCAGGAGACACGGAGGUAACCGAGUUGGUGAUACAGACGGUAAGCAAUGUCAUCAUGAGCACUAGCCAGACUCCAGACUCCCAGACUCCUGAGGUCAAUGCUGGCAGCUCCUCAGCCAUCGUUCAGUCUGUUGAGGCUCAAGUUUCCUUGACUCUGAGACAAGAGGGUCCGGUCAGAAUACAGCAGGACACCAUCCACGUUGAGGCAGUCCGUCUGGACCCAAUGCUGGUUACCAACGGACUCACCUUCGUGUCUGCUCCGAAGCAGCAGACCGGACAGUCUUCACCACAGGAGGGCAGUCUUGUCGGCACUGAGGUCACGACCGUGGUGAAUGCCAGUGUGGUGCCUCAAGAUGUGAUAGCUUCAAUCCAGUUACCGGCAAGCAUUGUCAAAAAGAUACAGGCCGGCAAUGAAAAUGGUUCCCAGCCGCUGCGGGCGAGUUUCAUUGUCUACGCUGAUGACACCUUGUUCAAGUCAGCUCUGAUCAAAGGCUCCCCAGGGAAGAACGGCUCCAGCCUCCGGGUUGCUGGGUCUGUCGUCUCACUGACUGUGGAAGACGUUGAGUUGGUCAACCUCACCGAACCAGUGGUCAUCCAAUUCAAGGCACCGGCCAAUAAUGAAACGGAGGGAAAUAGAACCAUCGAGUGUGUCUUCUGGGAUUUUGAUCUGAAUGACGGAGUCGGCGAUUGGUCAACAGCGGGUUGCUUGCUGGCAAGAGAGACAAACGAUACGGUGUCCUGUAACUGCAGCCAUGCGACCAACUUUGCCAUUCUCGUAAAUGUCCAUGGACAGAAGGAAACAAGUAAAGUAUUCCGGGAUGUUUUGAAUAUCGUAACCAACGUCGGUUGUGCCAUCUCCAUCAUUGCACUGGUCAUCACCUUGACUGUAUAUCUAGCGAUCAAGAAACUGCGAACUGGCAAAUCUCGUCAGAUCUUCAUCCAUAUGUUCUUCGCCUGGCUGAUAUUGUACAUCGUGUUCCUUGCCGGCAUCGACAACGCAAAGGGUAGUGGAGGUGGUUGUGUGUUCGUUGCAGCUUUACUCCACUACUUUGUCUUAUCCACUUUGAUGUGGACGGCUGUUGAAGCAAGGAACAUGUACGUCAGUGCGGUGAAGGUGUUCCCAGAAGACACGCCUCACUACAUGCUCAAGGCUUGCCUCAUCGCUUGGGGAUCUCCACUGAUUGUUCUGACGAUCACCUUGGCUGCAGCAACUGAUCACUACGGAAACGAGCAUUACUGCUUCCUUGAGCCUGAUCUUGUGCUGUACCUCGGCCUCCUUGCUCCCAUUGGUCUCAUCCUCAUCCACAACAUCAUCACCUUCGUCUUAGUCAUGCGCAGCAUCCUGAAGGUCAAGGAGGCAUCUCGCUCCCAGCAGAUCUCCAAACGCCUCCAGAAUGCCGUGGGAAUCUCCACCCUCAUGGGGUUGACCUGGAGUUUUGGGUUCCUGGUCAUCAUUCAUGGCGCCGCCACGUCCGGUGAUGGCGCCACGUCCAAUGACGGGGCUGGACUUGCCUUCGAGCUCAUCUUCUGUCUGGCCAACUCCUUUCAGGGCCUGAUUGUCUUCAUCAUGUUUUGCGUGCGACGUGAAGAGGUCCGCACCGCCCUCGCACCGUACAUGAAGCGCCUCUGCUGCGGUCGCACCUGUGACAUACAGGUGCCUUGGAAAAAGGAUAGGUCAUACGACCUGCCCAUGAUGUCUGAAUCCGUGCCGAGUUCACCAUCGACAGCCCACACUGCUGAAUUUGACAUGUCCGUGUCAGGACCGUAUUAGUGAGAGGCAGGCUUCAACACUCGCUGUCUAUGAAGCGUCAAUCUUUAAAGUCUACUUAUGGAAUACUUACCUUAUCAUGCACAACAUUACUGGACCGAGCUCUGUCAAAUGUGGCUUUCUUAGUAUAGGUAUUUCUCCAGCACUUAACUGGUUUGUUACUCGUCACUCAGUUUCUGAUGGGAGGCAGGUGGCGCUGGACAAUGCCGCACAUACAUUGGGGAUAGCCUGACUGUAUGAUUAUGGAGCUAUAAAAAAGGCUCCAUUGUACGAUCAAGGACAAACCGUGCUCUCCCGCCGUAUGUGCGAACAGAUUAGGUCGUCAACUGAUUGAGAAGCUAUUAUCUCAGUAGGGUGCUCAUGAAUGCGUCGCGCAAGCCACAUUAGACUGGGCUUGGUCCAGUAAUAAAAUGGUAGGUGACACUGACAUGGACACCACGCGCACCCACAUCGGGGUUUAUCGGGUACCACUAUCCACUUUGCUUCCCUACCAUUGUUCGCUUUGUUUCUAUUUGAAAUCCCUCUAUGGCUUUUCUGAUGUUAGGUACCGAGAUUUCUAAAGACCAACUUGUAGGAUACUAUUGUCCCCAUUGUUACUCUCUGUUCUCAGUACCCAGUAAGUACCCAUAUGUAUUAGUACAUACUCAUUGGCAUGUGCACUCGUUGGCACAUUUGUGCCAGCUAAAUUGAUUUGAAAUCUUCGAAAACAAACUUGUUACGCCUUUGAGCAAGCUUCAGGCACCAUUUGAUUGCACAGGCAUGUCCUUUCCAGUGAGCUUCCCCAACUUUUCCUUUAUUGGCAUGCAAGGAGUACUUGUCCACAAAGUCCAUAACCACCACUGGAUAUAGUGACAGGUGCACUCAAUCUGUGACUGCCUCAUGUACAUGGCCAUGCAGGCAUGCAUGAUUUGCACGUACAUGUAGUUGAGAGCUUUUGCUGAUUGGCAAUUUUCAGCAACUGUGCAGAAUUGUGCAGGCAGUUUGUAGACAAUGUGCAGACAUACUUACGCUUGACCUUGCUACUAAUCUCCAGGGGCUAAUUUCACAGCACUGCGUAAGUUCACAAAUUUGCUUAGCACAAAAAAAGUCUGGCUUUACAAAAACAGGUUACCAGCCAAAACUCCAUGAGAUGUAUAGUGCUCGUGAGUAGUAUUCAGCUGUUGUAAAUUUGCUAUUGCAUGAAAAUCAUGUGGAGUUUUGCCUGGUAAACUGCUUUUAUAAGACUGUUUUUUUGUGUGCUAAGCAAUUUUUUUUUACUUAGCAGCACCGUGAAAUUGGGCCCUGGUUACUGUGGGAGGGGAGGGGUGGUUUUAUUUUAAAGACUUAAAGCAAUGUACCAUAAGAAACGAAAUCAUUCCAGUUUAAAAACCAGCAGUUGUAUAUAAUUAUUAGUUGUCAGAAGGAGGAAUAGUCGUAUGACAUUAUUAUCAUCAAUAUCAGGUUUUUUUAUAUGUCAGCUAAUUCUUUUUAUGUAAGGUAAUUAAGUUUUUCUAGUUAUUGCUUCGUUUGGUUUCCGUUUUUUGGGGGGGUUUUCCAAAUUUGAAAAUUACAGCAAAAGCCGAUGAUGUACGUUCUCUUUAAACAUACAUGUAGUUGAUUUCAAAUUUUUGUUGUGCCGGUAAUCUUAUUUUGCUGUAUCUGUGCCUGUUAUUUAUGUAGUUUUUGUGGUUAUCUGGAGUAGCUUUUUCAUCACAAAAUGGAAACACUGUAAACAGCAGUGAAGUUAAAAAAUAUUGAUAACUUUAUAUUUCAAAUCAUUUAUUCAUAUUCAGACAUUGUAAGCAAUUAUCAAGAAAUCACACAAUGUUAUUUUUCAAGCAUGCAAAAUUAGAAUAAGGUGAAACAAAUAAUCUUGGGUUUAGUAAUUAAGAAAAAAGAAAAAAAGCAAAACAAGUUACAGCUAUGUUAAUUGUAUUUGUGGAUUGUACAAAAUUGGUGGAUAUUAUUUUGUAUUUACUGCGAAGUAACUGUUUAUUGCAUUGUAUGGAAUAAUUGUAUUGUAUUCAGACUUAUAAUGAUAUUUGUCAUUACUCAAAUGUACAAGCCAAAGUCGUUCAUAUUUGAAUCUAUAUAACAGGGGUGUGAAAUCUCAGCUUUAAAGCUGAUUUCAGCUUUUUUUUAUUUUGGAUUUCAGCUUUUUUGCUUCACUUGCUGUGUACAAAAAUAUAGGAGAUUUCCAAAGUUCAACUUUUUUACACCUUUUCCAGCUGUUUUCGGCUCUUUUUAUCACUCACACCCCUGAUAUAAGCAUAUGAUUUAUCCUGUACCAUUUACACCUUUUUCUUGAUCACAAUUGCAUCCAUCGUUCUACCCAGAGAAAGCAAAAUCAUUACAACAAUUAAUAGCCAACCAGCAUUGUAUUAAAAUGUGAAUAUUGAAUAAUAAUGAAUGUCGCAUUUUACAAGUCAACACCUUCAAAAAAAUAAUGUAUUUUCCAGCAGGCCACAAUAUUGUAUCCAGGCCUAGAAUCCUAGGUAGCUAGGUAGUACGGUACGGUACGUGUAUACAUCUACUGCGCAGAAAUAGGAUGCGUACUAACGUUCAGCUAAUUUGCAUACUCUUUGAAGUUUCAUACUUACAUACAUUUUUGUAUAUUAAUAAUUCUAAAACAAGAAUCUAGACGAGAAUUAAAAUGUAGUAAUUCUACACACAGUUGUUACUUUUUAUUUUUUUUAUGCUGUGUUUUGUGCAAAUAAAUCUCCAAACUUUA